AGAUUCAAACAGUUGAGGAGAGAAGGAACUGAUUACAAGAAGAAUUCAGCAGAGUUGAAAAAAAGCUCCUUGUUUACUUUUUACAUUCAAGCUUCAUCAGACGGCCUUCUGGAAGAACUUCUUAAUCUUUAGUGUUAAUCUUUGCAGUAUUUGAAAAAAAAAAAAGAAAGAAAAAUGAUGAGCAGCAGAGUCAUCGCCGCCUCAAUUGUGGUGCUCCUGGCCUUCAUGGCCGUUAGUGAAGGGAUUAGUCUGAGAAGCCUGGGAGUGGAGCUGCACUGCCGCUGCAUCCAGACGGAGAGCAAACCCAUCGGCCGCCACAUCCAGAAGGUGGAGCUGAUUCCCACCAACUCCCACUGCGAAGACACCGAGAUCAUUGCUACUCUGAAAAAGACUGGCCAAGAAGUUUGUCUGGACCCCGAAGCUCCCUGGGUGAAAAGAAUGAUUGCGAGGAUCAUUGCCAACAAAAAACGCUGAACACCACAAAAGAAAAAUAACCAAAAAGUAUUUUUUGUCAUCCUACUCGCCUCAUUUUAACACUGAAUGGGCCACUUGUAUUUCCUGAUCAAGUGUUAGAAAAGGCAACGGAAUAGAUUAUGUUUGCAUCAAACAUGUUAUUUAUUUAAUAUCUGUGCUUGUGUGUCACUUGUGUUUACUAGCCAUUUACUCUAUCUGAUGUCACUUGGCUGCUUCCUAGAGUUUGUAAAACUGCAUAACUGUGCCUGUCCAAGUUUUCAACAUAUUUAUUGAUGUAUUUAUGGAAUUUAAUACUUUUAAUAUUACUUUUAAUUUUGGAUUCAGUUGUGUAUGGCUGACAAACAUGUUUUAAUAAAAGUUUAAAUGAAAUUGAA